UGAUCCAGUAAAGAACUUGAGCUUCUGCCUCCAAUGUUCCUCAUUCUUCGCUAGUGUUCUGCAGACUGUAGCCUCACUGGUUCCCUGCCUCAUACCUGACUGUCACUUCGUGUCAGGCUGGCAUUUUGGAGCCUAUUAAAAUUUGCAGAAUGUUUGGUAAACUCUAUAGUAUUGUGGAAAGGACUCUCCCCUAGAAGCCCUGCUGAAGGAUGGUGAGACUUUGGGUAAAUACUUAACAUUUUGUAAAAGGGACAUUAUUAAACUGCCGGAAGACAUGUAACUAAAUGGUAGUUGUAUUUCAUCUCUGAGAUAAGGAUUUUCGAUGGCUGACUUCCCAUUCCUCAGCUUGCCACUAUUUUCUGUUAAAAUACGGCUUUUGCUUCUAUAUGUCCUCCAGGUGAAAGAGUUAUGGACCCUAGGUUGUGACAACUGAUUAAAGGUGAGCAUCGAGACAGGGCCCAAAGGUGUCUUUAGAACAGUGUUUUCCAAGUUUGCUUGACCCUAAGAACCUCCAAGGAUGUUUGUUAAAAAUAUAAAUCUGCAGUCUCCACUCCAGACGCCAAGAAUCAAUUCUCUGGGGGUAGAGCCUGAGUAGGCAUUUCAUCUAGUUCCUGAGUGAUUCCUGUGCUCUAACGGAAGUUAGAAAUUGAGCAUAAUAGCUGCUCAAUAUAGGAACAGGUAUCUGUUCUAAUAAACCAUUUACUUUUUCUUCCUGGAGUUUCACAUAUUAGCUAAGGUCCACAACCCCAGAGUUCAAAAGAUUGAAGAAUUUUUGCAAGAAAAACAAAAUGAACAUUUACUGCAUUGUACCUAGAUGGCCUUUCAGUUUCUGAUACUUAGUUUUAUGUAAUCCUUAAAUGUGUUAAUAGCAAAUGGAGAUUUCUUUUUAGCUUAUUUGAGAAUCUGUGCAGUGGGGGAUUCUACAGUGGGACUUUGAGAGCAUUGUUCUUGGGGUCUAUGCCCUGCACUACGUUUUAGGGGAGAUGGUGAAAUAAGAGAUUUUGUUAAUUAAGUCACUAAGUUUCUUAGUGGACAAUCUAAUGUCUGCUUUAUACUAAAUUUCUCUCAUGGCAAGCUUAUAUGUUUGUGAUGAUUUUGUUUUUAAUUUUAAUUUUGAAUAUGUGGCCUUUGAUUCUGAAGGUUACAUUUGUAAAAGGAAUGUUGCCCUGUACUGAACCAUAAUACUUACUGCUUGAUACAGAAUAUAAAUGCCUUUUAUCCUGUCGCAUGGUGUCAUGAGGACAUGUAAUUAUAUAUUUUUUAAUUCUUCUAAUAAUUUUUUUCACACUACUAAGUCACUGUUAAGUGAAUCCCAUGAUACCGUAUUCAACUCAUUUUGGUUAAUGAUUCAUAUGAAAUAAUUUUUACUUAGUUAAUCCAGAAAAUAGGCCCCAGGACAUUAGCUAUCACAUCUUUCUUUUUUCCUCUAAGAAGCAUAAGUAUGACAUAAGUUAUGGCUGAUUAAAAAAAAAAAUGCACUUUAAUUUCCUGUUGCAAAACAUGGUUCUGUGUAUUUAAUAGAUUUGGAAAUUACAAAAAAUAUAUAAAGAAGAAAGUCAUCCACAGUGCCAACCUCGAGUACCCCUCUGUUUACUUUUUGCUUUACUUUAUUCCAGCCUUUAAUAAGCCUGGUUCUUCCUUUUUAUAAACAGUGACCUGACCAGUAAAACUUGAUCCUGUACAUUUUACUCAUUUUGUUUGAUAUCAGGUCAUCUGAAGGAGGGACAGAAUAGGCUUUAGGAUACCUUUGGAGGGUUAUUAUGGUGAAAUAAUUUAAUGCAGUUUACACAGCCAUUUUCAUGGGCACUUUCAGUCAGGAAGUCAGUUAUUUAAUAAGGGUAUAUUUUGUUCUCUCAUUGCUUUAGAUUUAGACCAUUACUGGUCUCUUGGUUCUUUCCCUUCCUUUCUGAUUUUAUAGUCACCAUCUGGACUGAGCCCAUCCUUGGACAUUUCAACCCUGGGGGCUAGAGCUAAUCAGUCUCCUUACUUCAUUUUCUCCCCAUUUCAAUCCAUUCUAAAUGGAGUUACCAGGAAUGUUCUCAUGUUAUUUUCAUAAAACUCACAGUGGCUUAGAUGGUUUUAGACUUUCAGGAUACUUCACCAGCUAGCUAUUUUCAGGGUGCUUCACUGACGUAUUUUGUUACUUGCUGUUGUAAUCUGUGCUCUAGCCAGGAGACCCUGUACACAACAUUCUCUUCCCUCUACCUCUACUUGGGUGUUUUCUUCACCCACAGUUCUCUUCCCUCUUCUCUCUGGCAUUUCAUGUUCUUGUUUUCUUCUAAACCUUGACAUAUUCCAGGAAACCUUCCUCUUUGGCUUGCUGUACAUCCUGUUAGUGUGUUAUCUUUUUAUGUUGGUCCAAUGUUAGUUUUCAAAUGAUCCUAAGCCUUUUUUACUCAACUAAUUAGUAUCAGGGACCUGCCAUCUACAGUUGAUCUUCAUUAUCCAUAGAUUCUGUAUUUCCAAAUUUGCCUAGUUGCUAAAAUGUGUCUGUAACACUAAAAUCAAUACUCACGGCACUUUCGUGGUGAGUUUUAGACGUGUGGAGCAGCGAAAAAUUUCCAGAGCCUGACAUGCACAUUUCCCGCUGAAGUGAAACAAGGCGAUGCUCUGCCUGGUUUCACCUUUCCUACUGCACUUUCAUUCUAUAAAUUAGUGUCCUCUGCACAGUAUAUUUAGUGCCAUGUUUUCCACAUUUUUGUGCUUUUUAAAGUGAUUUCACUGUUUAAAUUGGUGCCCAAAUGUAGUGCUGCAGUACUGUCCAGUGUGACUGAGCACAAGAAGGCUGUAAUGUGGCUUUCAGGGAAAAUACGUGUGUUAGACAUGCUUCAUUCAGGUGUGAGUUACAAGGUUGUUGGCUAUGAAUUCAGUGUUAACGAGUCAACAAUAUAUAUUAAAGUGUCUUUCAACAUAAACACACAUAAAACAAAGUUAUAUAUUGAUUGGUUGAUAAGAAUGUGAUGAGAAGCUCACAGGAACCUAACUCUGUAUUUCCCCUAGGAGUAUUGUUUCACAGAGACUUUAUAGAAUAUAACUUCAUGAAUAAUGAGAAUUGACUGUAUUUUGUUUUCCCCCAUAGUGCCCUGUAUUGGAGUAGAAACCUUCAUCAGUUUAACUUAGACCAAUCCAGACAUUUGUGUUCGUGUAUUGGGAAACUGAGGCUCUGGUGGGAAGGUGUUUGCUGCCGCGCCCAGGCUUUCAGUCCAGUGUGAGGCUGUUGGAGCGAGAGAGCAAAGGUAAAGAAUGAUGUAAUGCAGUGGCUGCCCCAAAGCAUCUUUUGUUGUGGAAUGGUUAUUCCAGUCAUCUCUUUAUGAAUCAAAUGUGAGGGGCUGCUUUGUGGAAGGAGUCCUUUGCAAGAACCGGCACAUCAACAGGAAAGAGAAAGAGACAUUCACUUGGAGGGCUCUUGCUGAAAAUGGGUUUAACUCUCCUUUUGCCAGUCACCGCCAGCCUGACCUCAUGCGUUUUUAGUACAAUGGAGUGGCUGAGCCUGUGAGCACACCACCAUUACAUCAUCGUGGCAAAUUAAAGAAGGAGGUGGGAAAAGAGGACUUAUUGUUGUCAUGGCCCAUGAGAUCAUUGGAACUCAAAUUGUUACCGAGAGGUUGGUGGCUCUGCUGGAAAGUGGAACGGAAAAAGUGCUGCUAAUUGAUAGCCGCCCUUUUGUGGAAUACAAUACAUCCCACAUUUUGGAAGCCAUUAAUAUCAACUGCUCCAAGCUCAUGAAGCGAAGAUUGCAACAGGACAAAGUGUUAAUUACUGAACUCAUCCAGCAUUCAGCAAAACAUAAGGUUGACAUCGAUUGCAGUCAGAAGGUUGUAGUUUAUGAUCAGAGCUCCCAAGAUGUUGCCUCUCUGUCUUCAGACUGUUUUCUCACUGUACUUCUGGGUAAACUGGAAAAGAGCUUCAACUCUGUUCACCUGCUUGCAGGUGGGUUUGCUGAGUUCUCCCGUUGUUUCCCUGGCCUCUGUGAAGGAAAAUCCACUCUAGUCCCUACCUGCAUUUCUCAACCCUGCCUACCUGUUGCCAACAUUGGGCCAACCCGAAUUCUUCCCAAUCUUUAUCUUGGUUGCCAGCGAGAUGUCCUCAACAAGGAGCUGAUGCAGCAGAAUGGGAUUAGUUAUGUGUUAAAUGCCAGCAAUACCUGUCCAAAGCCUGACUUUAUCCCUGAGUCUCAUUUCCUGCGAGUACCUGUGAACGAUAGUUUUUGUGAGAAAAUUUUGCCAUGGUUGGACAAAUCAGUAGAUUUCAUUGAGAAAGCAAAAGCCUCCAAUGGAUGUGUCCUAGUGCACUGCUUAGCUGGGAUCUCACGCUCUGCCACCAUCGCGAUUGCCUACAUCAUGAAGAGGAUGGAUAUGUCUUUAGAUGAAGCUUACAGAUUUGUUAAAGAAAAAAGACCUACUAUAUCUCCAAACUUCAAUUUUCUGGGCCAACUCUUAGACUACGAGAAGAAGAUUAAGAACCAGAUGGGAGCAUCAGGGCCAAAAAGCAAACUCAAGCUGCUGCACAUGGAGAAGCCAAAUGAACCUGUCCCUGCUGUUUCAGAGGGUGGACAGAAAAGUGAGAUGUCCCUCGGCCCACCCUGUGCCAACUCUGCUACCUCAGAGGCAGCAGGGCAAAGGCCUCUGCAUCCUGCCAGUCUACCUAGCAGACAGCCAUCACUGCUGGAAGACAGUCCGCUGGUCCAGGCGCUCAAUGGGCUCCACCUGUCCUCAGACAAGCUGGAAGACAGCAAUAAGCUCAAGCGUUCCUUCUCUCUGGAUAUCAAAUCAGUUUCGUACUCAGCCAGUAUGGCAGCAUCUUUGCAUGGUUUCUCCUCAUCAGAGGAUGCUUUGGAAUACUACAAACCUUCCAGUGCUCUGGAUGGGACCAACAAGCUAUGCCAGUUUUCCCCAGUUCAGGAAGUGUCAGAGCAGACUCCAGAAACCAGCCCAGAUAAGGAGGAAGCCAAUAUCCCCAAGAUGCCCCAGACUAGCAGGCCUUCAGACAGCCAGAGCAAGCGAUUACACACAGUAAGAACCAGCAACAGCAGUACCACCCAAAGGUCCCUCUUAUCUCCAUUACAUCGAAGUGGGAGUGUGGAGGAUAACUACCACACCAACUUCCUUUUUGGCCUUUCUACCAGCCAGCAACACCUUGCGAAGUCUGCGGCUGGCCUGGGUCUCAAGGGCUGGCACUCAGAUAUCUUGGCUCCCCAGACUUCUACCCCUUCCUUGGCCAAUAGCUGGUAUUUUGCCACCGAGUCCUCUCACUUCUACUCUGCCUCAGCCAUCUACGGAGGCAGUGCCAGUUACUCUGCCUACAGCUGUAGCCAGCUGCCCACUUGCAGCGACCAGGUCUAUUCUGUGCGCCGGCGGCAGAAGCCAAGUGACAGAGCUGACUCCCGGCGAAGCUGGCAUGAAGAGAGCCCCUUUGAAAAGCAGUUUAAACGUAGAAGCUGCCAGAUGGAAUUUGGAGAGAGCAUAAUGUCAGAGAACAGGUCGCGGGAAGAACUGGGGAAAGUGGGCAGUCAGUCUAGCUUUUCAGGCAGCAUGGAAAUCAUUGAGGUCUCCUGAGAAGAGAGACACUUGUGAUUUCUAUUCAGAACAUUUUUUUCUUGUUCACAAGAAUAUUCCCUGUAAAUCUGAAAUAUAUAUAUGUAUAUACAUAUAUAUUUUUGGAAAAUGGAGCUACGGUGUAAAAGGAAAAUAUGGAUCAACAGAGCUCUCUCUUGACAUCGGCAUCUGGGAGAUCAGCUAACAUUUCUCUCAACAACAGUGGAAGGGCAGAUGCUAGAUUUCCCCCGACAGGUGAAGCAAUUUUAUGCAACGAAUUGCACAUCCUCUUGUUCUUACACAAGCAAGUUUUAUUUGGCGUUAAGAGGACAAAAUCCACUACCAUUUUCAUGUUGUGCUACAAAGAGAUCUCAACUACUAGUCUUUGUCCAGUCCCUUCCAUAGUGCACCUUAGCGCUGAGACUGAGCCAGCUUGUGGGUCAGGUGGGUAGACCCUGUUAGGGACAGAAACCUAAUAGCAAAUCCAGAAGAAAUGAGCACACCAGAGGCUGAUUCACCAAUUCACACUCACCUAACAGCUGAGUGGCACUCGGCUCAUUCUGCUGGACAGACUGUUAGGGGACUUGCCAAGAUCUACUUUAGAGCAAACCCAGUACCUCAGACAGUAAAGAUGGGGCUUUCACCACUACCCACGUCUGGUAGCCCGUUUUCUAAACCUUGUAAAUAGGUUGGUAGCUAGUCACACUCUUCAAACCAAUUCAGACCAUCUGUACACAGAUUUCCAGGUGGGCCUGGAUGGAGGUAACUAAUUUUUUCUUCUCAGCUUUAUGAAGAAAGAGAAAGGAAGCCUUUUAAGAUUCAAUUUAACAGCCGGGAAUCUGGCAGCAUAAUGGUUUAAGCUAAACUUGGGAGGCUAAACAAGUCUCGCUCUCUUUCUCUUCAUAAAUCAAAGAAUUGUUUAAAAUGGGAUUGUUAAUCCUUUAAAGAUUAACUUGGUUUAGAGCCAAAUGUGAAUUUAUUAGGGUUGGUAGCAGAAGAGCAGCACCUUCAAAUUCUCAGCCAAAGUAGAUGUUUUCCAUUUGUUUCACUGUAUGGAUACAUUCUGUAAAAACUCAACAUUAAGGCAGAAUUUUAUAGGAAACUACCAAGAGGGAGAAAAACUGUGGAGAUUAGGGAAGAUAAAACUCCUGAGGACAAGUAGGAAAUUACUUUCUCAAUGGUUUUCCCCACCUUGGCAUGCAAUGAGGGUGGUAUUUCUAUAACUUCCUCAGAUUUUCAAGUUUCUUGAUGGGGCUGAGAGGGGCUUUAGUAAGCAGUGAAUGUUCAGAAUAAAAUAGCUGGUAGAGGAAGGUGAGGAAAAGGCUUGUGAAUUUUGUUUAGUUGCUAGUAGCAUGGAAAGCCAUAGCCAUGCUAUUCUCAAAAGUUAUCUCCAGCACUUUUAGUAGAAGGUGCACAUCAAAAUGGAGUGAGAGUGAGGUGGUCUCUCAGCCCUUGAGCUACAAUCACUGCAUGGAAUCAAUCCUGGCAGCUGAGACUAUGAGGUGAUUAGAACAAGUAUACAAGUGGUAGGACAUAUCUGCUUUUAAAUUCCCUGGCUCGAGUUUUAUCAAUUACAGUAGGGUCCUCUUUUGAAGGCUUAAUUCAUGUCAGCAGCUUUUUUUUUUUUUUUUUUUUUUUGAGGGGGUGGGUGUCAUAAUUGUUCUUUCCUUUACUGUAAGUGUAGGUAGUUGCUGACUCAUAUCUCAGGUUUUUCUGUGAGAAAUGGACAGUCCUUUGACUAGGAUGUGACUUACUGUUUCUAUGGCGACUGCUAAAACCAGCAAAGAAUGACGUUUCAAAACUGCCUAACUUAACCAUGAGGAUUCUUGAGCAUCACAGACAUAAUUGGUUAUGCUCAAAUAAUGUGCUGAGUAUAAAAUGAAGGCAGCAAGCCAUAUCUGUUAAAUGAUGAGUUAGUUUUUAUAUAAAGAGUUGCUGAAAAUUUUAAUCUUUGAUAUAAUCAGACAUUCUCAAGGGUUUACACAGUAAUUUUUGAUGUGUUAUUUAUGCACACACCAAAUAUGUAACAGCUCACUGCUUCCAGAGUCUGGUCACAACUGUGAAAUGUCUUUAAGAAACGAAAGCAAUAGCUCUAAUGUUAAGUAUGUCUCUGGAGGAUACGGGGGCUUGGUUUUUGAUAAGAGAUGUAUCGGUAGAAACUUGCCUUCCAUCAUGUGGGGUUUCUCUUGGCCAUGGUCACCUUCCUUCCUGUAACUGUGAUGCAGUGUACACUACAACCUGGUCACUAAUGUCAAAUAAUCAGUUCUUGGAUUAAGGCUCCCAUCUCAAGGGGCAGCCCUGGAGCUGUGUGGCUGGCUCUCUUCAGCAUGCAGUCAUAGGGGAAGCCCUGGAGUCUACUGGCAUGACAAAGCAUGCUGAUUUUCAAGAGCAAAACUAGAUUUCUAUGUGAGAAAUGCUGGAAAAUGGUUUAGUAAAUUUGUAAAGUUAGGUGGAAGGACUGUAUAAAUGUUUAAUAUGAAUAUAGUGUUCUUUUGGUGUAAGACAAGCUGUUGAAUGGUUAAAUUGUGUGUUUCUCAUUCUGAUGUGUCAUAUGUUAAUAUGAUGAAAUAAAAGCAAAACUGGUACCUGUUUAUACACAAAUCUGAGAAAGAACCUCUCUGUGCAGCUAAUAAAAUCGGGAACAAUGUCCAAGUUGCCAAAGAAGGCAGUAGUGGAACCCGCCCUGCCCAUCUCACAUAAAAGAGUAUUUAGCUCAAAAUAAAGUGGUGUCAUCAGAU